ACGGGAGCGGGGCGUACAAAUGUCACAACGAUGGGGAGGCACGCCCUUCUAUGAGACCUCUGCACGAACCAGGAUAAACGUUGACGAGGUCUUUUACGAUCUCGUCCGAAUGAUCAACCGCCAGAACCCUGCCAGGACCGACAGGAAGAAGUCCGGAAAGAAAUGCUUGAUCCUCUAAGGAAGCGACUUUCCCUCACCAGAGCACAGAACAAACACGCGGGAAAGGAAAGAGGGAGAGAGAGGGGGGAAGGGGGAGGAAAGAGAAGGGAUGAGGGAGCGGGACAGCGGCGCCGCCUGUCCGACUCUCCUCUUUCCAAAAGCCCCUCAUAUCCGUCCUUUGUACACAAGUCCCAGAUCUUGAUCUCAUCCUCAGGCAUAAAAUCAAACUGGACGAUCCGAUAUACCCGUCUUUGCACCAUUCCCGAGAUCCGGACAACAACGCACGCAGACCGACUAUCCUCCCAUUCCUUUCUCCCGCUUUUGUUCGUUCUUAAAAUCGACAUAUACGUUAAGUUUCUUUCUUUCUUUUCUUUUUUGGUUCAUGUCAUUUCAUCAUCCGUCUUACUCUUUUCCCUCGCACCCUUGCUCAUCCGCGAGGGCGCAUUCAAUCACAGCUCUCUGUCAUUUUUUGUCUUUCAACUGACCUCCUUGGUUUUUUUAUGGUAGUGUUGUAUAUUAUACAAGUGUUCGUUUUCAGCUCUUCAAAAGAACAAAUCUUCUCUUCUCUCAAGCGUGCUAUAUUUAUUAAUAAAAAAAAAGUAUACAUAUGAAGGCACGUUUUUGCUUUGAC